AGCCACAGAACCAGCAUCAUGGCGACGCUAAUCCGCAGCAAGAUCUCCAAUGUGGCCACCUCGGUUUCCAACAAGUCCCAGGCGAAAGUCAGCGGCAUGUUCGCCCGCAUGGGCUUUCAGGCGGCGACGGACGAAGAAGCGGUGGGCUUCGCUCAUUGCGACGACCUCGACUUCGAGCACAGGCAAGGGCUGCAAAUGGACAUCUUGAAAUCCGAGGGCAGCGAGGAAGGAGGCGAGCCGCCCUUGGAAGGGGACAUCCACUACCAGAGAGACGGCACAGGGCCCCUGCCCCCUUCGGCCUCCAAGGACGAGGGAGUGUGCUCUGAGCUGUCCGGCCAAGGAAAGCCCAGGAUCACCGCCUGGGAAGCCGGAUGGAAUGUCACCAACGCCAUCCAGGGGAUGUUUGUUCUCGGCCUGCCCUAUGCUAUUCUUCAUGGUGGAUACCUAGGACUCUUUCUAAUUAUCUUUGCAGCAGUGGUUUGCUGUUACACUGGAAAAAUCCUUAUUGCCUGUCUUUAUGAAGAGAAUGAAGACGGGGAGACAGUCAGGGUGAGAGACUCCUAUGUGGACAUUGCUAAUGCUUGCUGUGCACCCAGGUUUCCUGCACUUGGGGGCAGGAUUGUGAAUGUGGCUCAGAUCAUAGAGUUGGUCAUGACCUGUAUUCUGUAUGUGGUGGUCAGUGGCAACUUGAUGUACAACAGCUUCCCUAACUUGCCAGUCUCCCAGAAAUCAUGGUCCAUCAUUGCUACAGCAGCACUCCUGCCUUGUGCUUUCUUGAAGAACCUCAAGGCUGUCUCCAAGUUUAGCUUGCUCUGCACCUUGGCCCAUUUUGUGAUCAACAUUUUGGUGAUUGCCUACUGUCUCUCCAGAGCCCGUGACUGGGCAUGGGAUAAAGUCAAGUUUUACAUCGAUGUGAAGAAGUUCCCCAUCUCCAUUGGUAUCAUCGUCUUCAGCUACACCUCACAGAUCUUUCUGCCUUCCUUAGAAGGAAACAUGCAGAACCCCAAGGAGUUCCACUGCAUGAUGAACUGGACUCACAUAGCCGCUUGCAUUCUGAAGGGACUCUUUGCCUUGGUAGCUUACCUGACCUGGGCUGAUGAGACAAAAGAAGUCAUCACAGACAACUUGCCGUCUACAAUUAGGGCAGUUGUUAACAUUUUCUUGGUGGCCAAAGCCUUGCUCUCCUACCCACUGCCCUUCUUUGCAGCUGUGGAAGUUCUGGAGAGGUCCCUCUUCCAGGAUGGAAACAGGGCCUUCUUCCCUAACUGCUAUGGGGGUGAUGGGAGGCUCAAAUCCUGGGGGCUCACCCUCAGGUGCGCUCUGGUAAUUUUCACAUUGUUGAUGGCUGUCUAUGUUCCUCAUUUUGCCCUUCUGAUGGGCCUCACAGGGAGCCUCACAGGUGCAGGCCUCUGCUUCCUCCUUCCUAGCCUCUUCCACCUCAAGCUUUUGUGGCGGAAGCUCUUGUGGCACCAUGUCUUCUUUGAUGUGGCCAUUUUUGUAAUAGGUGGUAUAUGCAGUGUGUCUGGAUUCAUUCACUCUUUAGAAGGCCUCAUUGAGGCUUUUAGAACCAAUUCAGAAGACUAGAAGUGUGGACAAAACUGGGUUCCAUUCAAGGGGAAGGGGAGGACUCACACAGAAUAACUGCAUAGCCAAAUGAUCAGUGCAUCACCAUAAAAUAGAAAUGUCAUAUUUUUAGUUCAUUACACCCAACAAAAUAUCACAGAAACCUUAAGCAAAAUUUCCAGAUUAAACACUUGCCCAGUAGACUUUUUAAAUAAACUAAGACUGAAAUAUAUAUAUACAUAUAUAUUUUGUAUUAUUUAGAUAUUAUCAGAGAGGAAAAUAUUUGAGAUAUUUCCCCAUCCUGUUUACUCCAUAGUUUAAACGUUCUAAUCUUUGUAAGGGAGGUAAAAAAAUAUUUGAAAAUAAUGAGAGGUUUCAUGGGAAUAUUUUUGCAAGAGUUAUGCAAAUUCAACCUAAAGGAAAUACAUGGCAGCCCAAUUGCUUUGCAUCAUCAUGCUGGGGCACUGGAGGAAAUAGUCAACCUAAUGCAAGAUCUAAAUCACAUCACCAAGUGGCAGCGAUGGCCAAUGAGGAACCUCUCAAGCUGUAGUGUUUACAUUGUAUAUUUAAAAACCACCAGUGAGGACUGCUUGAUUCUUCCAUACCGACUCAUGUCUGACACCAGCGCUUCCCAUUUUGAUUAAGAUCCUGGCCUCCAGCGGAAAUCAGAGACUCACAGUUCAGUUCUGGAUGAGGUCCUUUUUAUUUCUAAAUUUAGUAAAAAAAAAUGCAAACAACCCCCCCCCCCAAGUUGUUGGAUUUGAAAAGUAUUCUGGAUAUGAAACAAAACACACACAAGAAAAAAAUUUCCAUUCUGUGCAAAUACCAGAUCUGUGGAGCUGUUUCAAAUGUAUGUGUGGUGUAAUUGUGGUAAAAACUAAGAUGACAAAUGUAUAUCAGAAAAAAAACUAUCUUUAAACAUAUAAUGUGGUACAUAAAUAUAUCAAACAAUAAAGAGAAACCAUAUUAACAA